UGUGUGCUAGUCGCCGGAAUGUGUCAAACGACGGACUAUGUGGUGACUUUAACUAAAUGUUAUGCAGGUCACUGUGUUCAUAGUACUAGUGGUGGCAUCAAGACAUAUUCACAUCCUUGUCCAUAUCUCAAAGCAGAUAUCAAUCAAUCAAUCAAUCAUCUCCAUACCAUCCAUAAUCCAUUCUCGUAGUUCAUAUGUUCACCAUCAUCAAUCAUCAUCCUUGAUCCUUCCUCGUAAUUCAUACCAUCAUCAUCAUCAUCCUCAUCACCACCCUCACCCCCAGCACUCAUAAUCCACACCACCCCCUAUACAUAACUAACAAAUUACUCCUUCUCCCCAGGUAACCUCACAUCCCCC